UGUUGACACAGUCGGAUCUUGCCCUAUAAAACCCUAACUUUCCAAGCCUCCUACACACCACUCCUCUUGCUAACUUCAAUCAGUCUCAGAUAAGAAAUUUGAGCCUUGAUCAGCACCAAAUUCCAGCCAUGGAGACCCUUUACCUUAUAUUUUCUGUGGGUGCUGCUUUCUUAGCCUUUACGAUCUUUGCACUCAAAGGCAAAUCAGAUGGUGCAAAAAACCUUCCACCAGGGAGCAUGGGGUGGCCUAUUGUGGGUGAAUCAAUCGAGUUCUUGUUCGGGAAGCCGGAAAAUUUUGUGUUCAAUAGGAUGAGGAAGUACUCUCCUGACAUCUUCAAGACCUAUAUUCUUGGAGAGAAAACUGCUGUGAUCUGUGGUCCUAGCGGACACAAAUUUCUGUUCUCCAAUGAACAAAAGUACUUCACAGCUUUUCGACCACAUUCGAUGCAAAAGAUGUUUCGAUCAUACAAGGCUGCCGCCCCCACUGCUUCUGCUGCUCCCGCUGUGGCACAACCUUCUCGCGAUGAAGAAGCGAAAGUUAUCAGAUCUCCGGGGUUUUUGAAGCCGGAAGCAUUGGUGAGGUACUUGGGGAAAAUGGACUCUAUCACUCAGGAACAGAUGAAGGCCUAUUGGGAAGGCAAAGAUGAGGUCAAGGUCUACCCUUUGGCCAAGACACUCACUCUAAGUCUUGCCUGCAGAUUCUUCUUGGGGAUCGAUGAUUCCGAGCGAAUUGCAAGGCUGGUGAGCAAUUUUGAUGAUGUUACCGUUGGGAUGCAUUCACUUAUUAUCAACUUUCCAGGAACAACAUUCUAUAAGGCAACCAAAGCAGCCGAUGCGCUACGAAAGGAGUUGAGGAUUGUGAUUCAGGAGAAGAAGGCUGCAAUGGCCGCAGGAGGUCCCAUGCAUGAUAUAUUGUCACAUAUGAUCGUGGCUAGUGAUCCAUCCGGCAAACACAUGCCCGAGGCUGAGGUUGCAGACAAGAUCAUGGGUUUAUUGACUGCAGGAUAUAGCACUGUGGCCACUGCUAUGACUUUCUUCAUGAAAUAUGUUGGAGAGAGGCCAGACAUUUAUGCCAAGGUCCUAGCUGAGCACAAGGAGAUUGCUGACUCGAAGAAGCCAGGAGACUUUUUGGAGUGGGAAGACAUCAACAAAAUGAAGUACUCGUGGAAUGUGUUGUAUGAAGUCAUGAGAUUCACACCGCCACUUCAGGGGACAUUCAGAGAGGCCUUGACAGAUUUUACCUACGCCGGUUACACCAUCCCGAAGGGCUGGAAGGUAUAUUGGACUGUGAGUACAACAAACAUGAACCCACAGUACUUCCCUAACCCCGAAAAGUUUGAUCCAUCAAGAUACGAGGACCUAAAUGCAUUCCCGGCUUUCACACUGGUUCCAUUUGGAGGAGGUCCCAGAAUGUGCCCCGGGAAAGAGUACGCUCGCCUAGCGAUACUCACUUUCGUGCACAAUGUGGUGAAGAGGUUCGAAUGGGAAGUUGUGUUUCCAAAGGAGAAGAUCACAGGUGAUAUGAUGCCAACACCAGAGAAAGGGCUUCCAGGUUCGCCUUCGACGUCACUAGACAAGCAAUCAAACUGAGAAUUGUGUUUUCUGCUUUCAAAUAUCAUAUUCCUUUUUUCCCCUUAAUGUAAUGAGGAAUCGCAAUAUCAUGUCUUCAUCAAUAACCCCUUUUCAAUUUUUUAAA